UUCUGUUGAAGGUUCAUUUCAGAUAUUAUAAAAAUGGAAAAUAUGAAAUAAUUGCAGAACGAAGUCUUGGAAUUGGAGCUGAGAGAAGUAGCAGUUGCGAACCAGAGGAGCAUAUUGAAGUCCACGCCGAGGGAGAGGUUGGAGCUCGAGGAUGUUCUCUGUGUUCAAUCUGUUCUAGAUCAUCGCAUAUAUUUGAGAUUCAAACUCCGGCGGUUUUCUUCGCUACGGUUUGUUCUUGAAAUUUGGUUGAAUCGAACUGCUAUGCAAGCAAGUAUGGAGGCUACGGUUACGCAGCAGCUACAAUUUUCUCCGUGGAUCAACUCCAAGAAGAUUGCUGCAAAACCGAAGGGCUCGCUGCACUUUUCUCGGCGAUUAAUAGAGCAGCAGAUGUUGCAGGCGCCGUUUUCAUUCAAUCUACAACCGUCAAGACCUCCAAAUCACCACAGAACAGCCGCUUUGAAAAUUUCCUGUUCUUACAAGAACUCUACAGCGUUGGAAUCUGGAAACCAUUUUGCAUUUGUUGACGAAUCUCUGACUUUACAGCGGAAGGCCCGGGAGAUUGAGCCAUAUUUAAAUGGGCAUUGUAUUUAUCUUGUUGGAAUGAUGGGCUCGGGAAAAACCACUGUAGGAAAAGUCUUGUCAAAGGCACUUGGUUACUCGUUUUGUGACAGUGAUUCAUUGGUGGAACAAGACGUUGGAACUUCGGUAGCUGAAAUUUUCAAGCUUUAUGGGGAGGAAUACUUUAGAGAAAAGGAGAUGGAGUCAUUGAGGAAGCUAUCUUUGAUGAAUCAAUUAGUUGUUUCCACUGGUGGAGGUGUCGUUACUCGAACGAUGAACUGGACAUAUAUGGAUAAAGGGAUCAGUGUCUGGUUGGAUGUGCCUUUGAAAGCCUUGGUUAAGAGAAUUUCAGCUGUAGGAACCGAAUCUCGUCCCCUUUUGCACCAGGAUUCAACUGAUGCAUACUCAAAGACCCUCGCCCUUUUAUCUACUCUCCUGGAAAAGAGAGGUGAAGCAUAUGCCAGCGCCCACGUCCAAGUUUCCUGUGAAAAAAUUGCAGCCAAACUGGGCAAUAAAGACGCGUCUAACGUCACCCCUAUGGCCAUAGCAAUGGAGGCACUCGAACAAAUCGAGAGUUUCUUGAAGGGACGAGACGAUUAUUGUGCAUUCUAAUUUUGACGAACACGAAAAAAUUACUUAUUCAGGAACAUAUGAAUAAAGGCAAUUGAUGAAGCAAAUUGGAUUUUUUUUUUUUUUUUUUCAUUAUUUAUGGGGCAAUCUUCUCUAUCAAAGGCAUGCUUCCUCCCCAAGGCUCCCACAUUUCUUGACCUCAGAAGUGGUUGGUCUAGAUUAAUGCUAUUUGUACUCCUUUUCACAGAAAAUGGAGAGAUCCAAAUUAGGUAUUUUUUGGAUUUUGAUCCGUCGGGAUUAAUGGGGCUUGAAUCCCUAGGCCACUGCCUUCUUUUAAAAACAUUUUGCACCCUGAAAUGAGGGGCGAAAUGCUAUUGAUUUUAGGCUCAUUGACUGCCGCCCCCCUCGUCUUGGAGGCUCUGCGGUCGAGGAGGGGCUUGCCAUUGUAACAUUUCAACAUUUUACUCAAUCAGAAGUAGUGUGGUUUGAUUUGAAUCUUA